AUGCAAACGAAAAUCAGGAACAGGUUGUUAGCGCUGUGCAGCUUACAGCUGCCACACGCACCGUCAGUGCACGUGCCCCACCUGCCAGUGCGCCGUGCUGCGGCGCGGAGGGGAGGAACAGGUCAUGGCGCUGCAUGGUGUACUGUUGCCACACGCUCUGUCAGUGCACGUGGCCCACCUGCCAGUGCGCCUUGCUGCGGCGCGGAGAAGAGGAACAGGUCGUGGCGCUGCAUGGUAUACUGUUACCACACGCUCUGUCCAGUGCACGUGCCCCACCUGCCAGUGCGCCGUGCUGCGGCGCGGAGGACAGGAACAGGUCAUGGCGCUGCAUGCUGCAUACUGCUGCCACACGCUCUGUCAGUGCACGUGCCCCACCUGCCAGUGCGCCGUGCUGCGGCGCGGAGGACGGAACAGGUCGUGGCGCUGCGCUGGUAA